AUGACUAACUUGUCUCCACUCAAUGACUCCCUUUCGCAGACCAAGUCAACAGCUUUUGGGCUUUCAAAGGAUCUUGCAAUUCCCAUAAUAGUCAAAGUAUGCUAUCUAGAGUCUACAAGAGAUAUGAAAGAUAGCCUCGCCAGUCUUUCUGAAAAGUUCGAGGAUCCAGCAGUAUUCAAUACUUUAUCAAGGAUAUAUCGAUUUUCAGAUCUCUUUAUCAAAAUAAGCAUCUUUGAUGGCAAGAACAAUAACCUUGUCACAAUUCCAGUACAGACCACGUAUAAGUCAUUCAACAAUAAGCGAGUAUGGAACCAAUACCUCAAGAUGGCCAUCAACUUCAAUCAGGUUUCCAUUGACUCCUACCUCAAGAUAGAAGUGUAUGAAAUCGUCAAUACGAAACCAAAGUUGUUUGGUGUAGGAUAUUUGUCGUUGUUCAACAGAAAGAGCUCCAGAUUGAGGAAAGGCUCACAAAAGAUUCCAAUCUUUACAGACCCGACUACUGAGAAUAUAGAAUACGAGAAUAUCCCGGGCUUGACAGACCUCGAGAAGAACUUGAUAAAGUACGAAGAUGGUGAGUUUAAUAGAUUGGGCUGGUUAGAUAAGCUUGUACUUCCUAACGUCAGUUCCUUAAAUGAACCCAAUAAAGACCAUGACUACUAUCUCUAUUUGGAAUUGCCCAACUUUGAAUUGCCAAUUGUCUAUUCAGAUGUCACUUAUCAUAUCAAUACAAGUAUCCCUACUAUUCACCAUGAACAAGCUCCUAUUGUUGACAACCUCAACUCAAACAUUGUGAUCAAUUCCAUCGAUAUCCCCAUGUCCAAAGAUCCCAACAUGCUCAAAAUUUAUGAUCCGGACUUCCAAACAGAUUCAAAUGUCAAUAACCAAAAUAAUAUUAAUGUACCGUUAGACCCCAUCGAACUUAAGUAUCACAAGUUAGAAAGACAUAUUAACAACAACACUAUAUUAGACAAAGAAUUGAAACCGUCUCCACAAUUGAGAGAUGAGUUGGUCAAUAUAUUAAUAAAACCGUCCAAUAUCGAAUUGAACAAAACAGAAAGAAACUUGAUUUGGAAAUUCAGAUAUUACUUCAGUAAGAACAAUUCAAUCAACGAAGCAAGUGGGAAGACAACAACGACAAAAUCAUUCUUGCUUAAAUUCAUAAAGUCCAUUGAUUGGGCAGACGAUUAUGAAGUUGAACAUGCAUUCAAUGAAAUCAUCCCUAAUUAUUGGUCUGUUGAUAAGUUGCAAAUCGGUGAUGCAUUGGAACUUUUAGGUAGUUACUUUAACCCUUACAUAUUGGGCAAAUCGGUCCUAGCCUCAUCAUCUACUCCACCAACUUCCAACGAUAGCCUGGACCGGAAACUGAAGAAUGAGCCUAGCAAGUUUUACAAGAUAUUCAAGAACGUUACUUUCUUGAGGAAAAUGGCUGUUGACAGAUUGAGAUUGGCAAGCAGUGACGAACUAUUAUUGUAUUUAUUGCAAUUAGUACAAGCCUUGAAGUAUGAAUCGUUGAUCUACGAUAAGAAGACACCAUAUAUCCAAGACACAGAGCAUUUUGAAAUGGCUAACGAGUUGAAUGACGACAAUGACUUGUUGAAAUCACCGCUUGCAAAGUUUUUGAUUGAGAAGUCUAUAGAAAAUCCAAAUUUGGGUAACUUUUUCUAUUGGUAUGUCAAGGUUGAAAAUGAAGAUCAACUUAAUAGCCCUACGAACCCUCACUCAAACCCUAUACGAAUUUAUGCUAUUAUAUUAAACAAGUACAUCGACAGUUUGAAGAAAUAUUCACAGGCAAAGAAGCUCCCAAAUUAUAAGAACUUGAAGAUGCAGAUCUGGUUUAUCAAGAAAUUGACUAGUCUAGUUGAAUUGAUCCGUACAACAUUCCGCAAGAAUGAAGCGACUUCGAAAAAAAUUGAAUUUCUAAGAGAGUAUCUUGCUAAUCCUUCAAAUGAACUAUUGAAAUUCCCAGAACCAUUCCCAUUACCUCUUGACCCAUCAGUGAAGAUCUGUGGAUGCUACCCAGAUGAAUCAUCUGUGUUUAAAUCCAGCUUAUCACCAUUAAAAAUCACAUUCAAAACCAUUCAAAAGACACAUGCCACCUCACAGUUGUUUGGAAAGAAGAAAAAUCAUAAGUAUGACAAAUAUCCGCUCAUGUUCAAGAUUGGUGAUGAUCUUAGACAGGAUCAAUUGGUGAUUCAGAUUAUUAAUCUUAUGAACCAAUUGUUAAAGAAUGAAAACUUAGACUUGAGAUUGACUCCUUACAAAAUUCUUGCCACAAGCCCAGUUGCCGGCCUAAUACAAUUUGUACCAAAUGAGACUUUGGAUUCUAUUCUCGCGAAGACAUACCCUGUUCCAGAAACAAAUGACAAUAGUUCUCCACCACAGCCUUCAGCAUCCAAUAAUGGUAUUUUGAACUAUCUUAGACUCCACAGUCAAGAACAACAACCAAUAGAGCCAGAAGUAACUAGUGUCCUCAACUCGUCUGAACAACUGGAAGAACACCCCAUACAACCACAGCCUACAGUUAUACUGGAUUUGGCGGUGUCUCCAACACUAAUGGAUAACUAUGUCAAAUCUUGCGCUGGCUACUGUGUCAUUACAUACUUACUAGGAGUUGGUGAUAGACAUCUUGACAACUUGCUUCUUUCACCAAAUGGUAAAUUCUGGCAUGCUGAUUUUGGCUAUAUCUUAGGAAGAGAUCCAAAAAUUCUUCCUCCUCUUAUGAAAUUGCCGAUUCAGGUGAUCGAUGGGAUGGGAGGGUUGAAUCAUGAGAACUUCAAUAUUUUCAAGAGUUACUGUUUCAUAACCUACACUACAUUACGAAAGAAUAGUAAUUUGAUUCUCAACUUGUUUCAAUUAAUGUUGGAUGCUAAUAUACCAGAUAUCAUGAUCGACCCCCAGAGGGCUGUUGAAAAAGUUCAGGAGAAAUUCUGUCUAGAAAUGAGUGAAGAAGAGGCCAUUUUGCAUUUCCAGAACCUUAUCAACGGUAGUGUCAAUGCCUUCUUUCCUGUUGUUAUUGAUAGGUUACAUAGUUUGGCACAGUACUGGAGAGCAUGA